CAAAAUAAACACAACAACAUGGCUGAAUUAACUGGUCUAACCAAUUCCGAGGCUGAGGAAUUAUGUAAACCAGCAGAUCCCUCAACUAAGGAUUUCCUUUUCCAACAAACCAUGUAUCGCAUUAAGGAUCCACGCAAAUCAUUGCCAUUCUAUAGCAAUGUUUUGGGUAUGACUCUGUUGCAGAAAUUGGAUUUCCCAGCUGCCCAAUUCUCAUUGUACUUUAUGGGUUAUGAAAAUCCCGCUGAUGUUCCCAAGGAUACCAAGGAACGCACCAAAUGGGCCAUGAGCCGUAAAGCUACCGUGGAAUUGACACACAACUGGGGCACCGAAAAUGAUCCCGACCAAAGCUAUCACAAUGGCAAUACCGAUCCACGUGGAUUUGGACACAUUGGCAUUAUGGUACCUGAUGUAUAUGCUGCCUGCAAGAGAUUCGAAGAAUUGGGUGUUGAAUUUGUCAAGAAGCCCGAUGAUGGCCGCAUGAAGGGUUUGGCUUUCAUUAAGGAUCCCGAUGGUUAUUGGAUUGAAAUCUUCAAUGCCAAUACUGUGUGUAAUUAAAUUGCAUU